AUGAUUCGUUUAUCUGUUUUCUCCGGGCUCCUGUACAGCGCCCAACUCGAAGUGAACGAGACACCCAGCGUCGAUGGCAUCGUGCACGAGUUGCAGGACGAGGCCCUGCAAGGACUGGAGCCUUCCGCCCUGCGCCGCGCAUACAAGCCUUUGCUGCUCUUUAGCGCAGGGCUCGUGGCUUAUGCACAGCGUCGUGGGCCUUCCGCUCGUGAGUCUCGAAAUACUACAGCGGACACAUCCUCCGAGGACACCAAUCCGCACCCUCAGGCAGAGAGCCCGAGGAUGAUCACACCAUGCAAAGAGGCGCCCAACACGCCGAGCACGCCAAGCACGUCCAGCACAAACUCUCCGCAGAAAGGCAAGGGCAAAGUUUCUGCGCCUCCAAAAGGGCUGGGCAAGGGGCCCGCCAAAGGCCCAGCUAAGGGCCCGCCCAGCGGCACGCCCAAGGGUAAGGCAGGGCCAAAAGGCAAAGGGACUCCCCCGAAGGGGGCUUUGGCAUCGCAGUGUGUGGAGGAUGUGGACGACGCCAGGGUGGUGAACCCGUUCGGAACUCGGCGCAUUCGCUGGAAAUCCAUCUCGGACCAGUCGGGCACGGUCUUUGAUGGCCUGGACAUCCUGGGCAUAAAAAAAUGCCCAGAUCCAGAAGCGAACCGUGCCCAGCAACUUGCGAUUGCCUUCCGUCGAUCUCCACUGCCGCUGCAGAAGCUCUGCUCCGCGCUUCAGACCUUGGACUUCUCCAUUCCGCUGUCGGAAGAAGAGAUCGAAGGGUUGCUGAAGGCUUGGCCAACGGACAUCGACUUCCGGCAGGUCGCAAAGCACACGGGGCCAGCCGAGGAAUUGCGGGACGUUGAGCAGUGCAUUCGCCAGGUGGCGGCUGUGCCACGCAGUGAAGCGCGGCUGAAGCUCCUCCGCCUCUCCCGGUCCCUGGACUCUCUGACCAUAAUCUUCGAACGUAUCGCCACAUUGCAGACAGCCUGCGACGAGCUCAUGAAGUCGGAGAAGUUGCAGGUCCUCCUGCAGGAGGCCUUGCGUGUCGGGAAUUACAUCAACGGGGAUCCAGGAGCCGGCUUUGCCCUGGACGCUUUCAUCCAGCUGCGGAGCCUGAAGGGCGUUGGGGGUGCCACCCCGCUCCAUUGCUUGUGCGCUGGCUGCGCGCAGGAAGAUCCAACCUUUUCCGCGACUCUACACUCAGAGCUGGCAAACCUGCCUUUGUCUGAGCGUGAGUCUAUCUCUGGUGAAGGUCUCUGA